AUGGGCACUCUCUGGCGGGCCUCUGAUGUGAACUGGGUGGCAAAAGAUUCUACAGGCACAGCAGGAGGGAUUCUAGUAGCUUGGAGGCCAUCAAUUUGGCAGACCCUCAACAGCUGGACUGGUACCUAUUCUUUUUCGGUUAUCCUUCAGCACAUAAAUUCUGGCUUCUCUUGUCUGUUUUCCUCUGUCUAUGGGCCAUUUCAGGAUGAGGACAAGAACUCUUUCUGGGAAGAGUUAUCACGCUCCAAGCAGAAUUUCGAGGGUGCGUGUUGCACAGUAGGGGACUUCAAUGUCAUCAAGAAUAUUCAGGGAAAAUCGCAUGGCAGAUCGUCUACCCCAGCCAUGAAGGCUUUCUCUAAUUGGAUCGAAGAUGAGGAGCUUGUGGAUUUACCCCUUCUUGGGGCAAGAUUCACCUGGACCACAUCCGAUCAUAGUCCUAUUAUCCUUGAUGUAGCCAAGCAGAAUUGGGGGCCUAAACCAUUUCGUUUUGAUUUAUCUUGGCUUAAAAUCAAAGGCUUGGCCCGCAAGAUUUCUGACUGGUGGGAAGGUUUUCAGGUUAAUGGUUUCGCUGACUUCAAGCUGUCUGCCAAGCUGAAAUUGCUGAAGAAAGAGCUAAAAGAGUGGAACCGGUGCGAAUUCCAAAAUAAAGCACACGAUACUGAUAAGCUACUCGAGGAUUUGUCAGCCUUCGACGCGCAGAUGGAAUCUGACAGGUUUUUUCCCGAUUCGCAGGCCAGAAGGGUGCAACUGAUCCAAGAAAUCACUAAUAAAAUCCUUCAAAAAGAAAUUUCUUGGAAACAAAAGGCUCGUUUGCACUGGUUGAAGGAAGGCGAUCGAAAUACUCGUUUUUUUCACAAGAUGGCUAAUUGGCAUGCGUCUAAUAACAGAAUCAGCAGCCUCUUGGUAGAUGGGAUUCGAUUAGAGGAUGAGGAUGAAAUUUCCGGCGCUAUGAUUUCAUACUUCUACUCUCUUCUCAACGGUAAACAUUGGCGUAGACCUACUCUUGACGGUAUCCAAUUCAAUGCUCUCCCGGAGGCGGAGGCAUCAUCUCUCGAAGUUCCUUUUUCGGAAGAAGAGAUCAAACGGGCUGUUAACUCCCUUGGGGCUGACAAGGCUCCAGGCCCGAAUGGUUUCCUGAUUGCUUUCUAUGCUCAUUUUUGGGAGGUGAUCAAAGCAGAUGUUUUACAAUUCUUCCAAGAAUUCCAUAAAAAUGGGAGGAUCUCUAACACCAUGGGGGCAACCUUUAUUGCUUUGAUCCCGAAGCUGUCAAGUGCUGCUUCUCCAAAAGACUUCCGGCCUAUUAGUUUGUUGGGUGGUCCCUACAACAUUCUAGCAAAGGUGCUAGCUUCACGUCUGGCUAAGGUCAUUGGGAGUCUCAUCUAUCAAAAUCAAUGCGCUUUCAUUGCAGGUAGGCAGAUAGCACAUGCAGCCCUAUGUGCCAAUGAGCUCUUGGAUGCUAGUGCUAGAUCGGGUCGGAAGUAUAUCGCCUACAAAUUAGAUAUCGAAAAAGCUUACGACCACGUAGAUUGGGACUUCUUGCAAUACUUGUUAAAGCGGAUGGGGUUCGGGGACAAAUGGAGAGCUUGGAUGUGCGGCUUCUUCAAAAGCAAUAGAGGUCUAAGGCAGGGUGAUCCUCUUUUCCCCUUCUUAUUCCUCUUGGUGGGCGAAGCCUUCUCCAGAAUGCUUUCCAAGGGGCAAGAGGAGGGCCUUCUAGGCGGAAUCGAAAUCAGUGGUCUGUCUCGCCCAAUCACGCACAUCCAAUAUGCGGACGACUCACUCAUUUUUUCAGAAGCUUCGAUUGAGAAGGUGAUCAAUUUGGGUACCACUAUCCGUUGCUUUCAAGCUAUCUCCAGCCUGAAGGUGAACAUGGCAAAGUCCAAGAUUUUCAGGAUCAACAUGGGGAUUAAGGAGGUUGAACACCUUGGUCAAUCCCUGGGCUGUAAUGCUGAUUCUCUGCCGUCCUCCUUCGUCGGCUUACCGUUGUGCGUCGGAAAACCACCUAUCGCUUCUUGGGACAAAGUCAUUGGUAGAUUUCACUCGUUUUUAUCAAGAUGA